CUUUGGAGGUUUUCUUGAGCCGCAAAAAAAAUAAGGAAAAACAGAAAGUCUCUCUUCGCUUUCACUGGUUUAUAUCUUUAAUCCGCGUUUGGCGAAAUCUCCGCUGGUUGCUCGCUAGUUAUCGCGAAGGCGUCCGUCUGAACGUCUGGUUGAGUGUUUGUGUUGGUUGACUUUCUGUCGUGUUUGUUGGGGAGAAGCUAUGUGAGUAACGUUAGCUUACAGCAGCAACAACAACGCUGGUUCACAUGAGUCAGAGUGAGUUUACCGAUGGAGAUCACUCCCAAAUCAGCCAAAUCCAAACCUGUGUGCUCUCCACAGUCCAGCCCCUGCGAGUAUAAAGAGCCAAAGCAUCAUCAGAAGCUGAGUGCCUCACUGAAGGAGAGGCUGAAGAGAUCAAGGCGCUCCUUCACCUCGCCCUCCUCUGUGGCCAAACGCCUUUGUGUUGAUGAGGAGGAGGAGGAGGAUGGCCAACAAGUUUCAGCAGAGACGGUUAAUAACCCUCCACUGAUCAUUCCCAACGCAGAUGUAAACAGAAAUGAGGCGAGACCAGGGAGUGAGAGAUUUUCUGGACCCGUUCCCGAACCAGCACUUCUUCCCUCUAAAGACUUUACGCAACAACUAGACCGACUGAGGAAGGAGGUUAAAGACAAGACGGAGACUCUCCGCAGACUCAAGAUGGUUCAAAUGUACAGAAGCAAGAAUGAUUUAACACAGCUCCAAACCUUGAUUGACAAGUGGCGGAGUUGUGCUCAGUCUGCGCUGUACGAGCUCCAGUCAGACGUCCCCAUAGACGGAGGAAAGGCCAGCCUGUCGGGGCUUAUCGACCUCUUUGGUCUGGAGGAUGGGAUUCUGCACUUUGACCGUAGAGAGGAAGACUUCACUGCCUAAUAAAUAUGCUUUAAAAGACACACACAUUGUUUGUUGCAGAAUAAUAACUCCAGAUAAAUAUGCUGGGUUAACUUGUUGUUUUAUUUGUUGCUGCUAUACCAUUUUUGUUCACAGCUUAAGUUGUAAAUUUCAUGUUAAAAGAGAAAAGUAAAUAAAAUGGGGUUA